UCUCUCUGGUGGGGGGUGGAGGGUCUCUCUCCUCUCUGAAAAAAUCGCGGUCGUCGACGACUGGACUCUCGACGAGGAGAGGAAAAAUAACAUACAUGGCACGAUAGGGGCCCGUGGUGUUGGAGAGCCGUAACUUGUGCAACGAUCUCGCAAGCUCGCGGCCGUCAAGCGGCACGUCCUUCCCGUGGAUCUCGCGUCCGCCAACGACACGCCCGGGAGCCGCAUCCGCCGCGCCGUUCGGGAUUAUGAGCUGCGUACGGCGGUCUUAACCUUUGAUGACAGCCCCGCGUAACCAGGUCACAUAAACAGCAUCAAAAUGCAGACGAUAAAGUGUGUUGUCGUAGGCGACGGAGCGGUCGGUAAAACGUGUCUCUUGAUUUCGUACACUACGAACAAGUUCCCUUCGGAAUAUGUGCCUACUGUUUUUGACAACUAUGCAGUAACUGUGAUGAUAGGAGGUGAUCCAUAUACAUUAGGAUUAUUUGAUACAGCAGGUCAGGAAGAUUAUGACAGAUUGCGUCCUCUAAGUUAUCCUCAGACCGACGUGUUUCUCGUGUGCUUCUCAGUUGUGUCGCCGUCGUCGUUCGAAAAUGUAAAAGAAAAGUGGGUGCCAGAAAUAACGCAUCACUGUCAGAGAACUCCAUUUUUACUCGUCGGAACGCAAAUCGAUUUGAGAGAUGACGUCGCGACAAUAGAGAAACUCGCGAAGAACAAACAGAAGCCGAUAUCUGGCGAGCAGGGGGAAAAACUCGCCAAGGAGCUCAAGGCUGUAAAAUAUGUAGAGUGCAGUGCUCUGACACAGAAAGGAUUGAAGAACGUAUUCGACGAAGCUAUUUUAGCCGCAUUGGAGCCGCCCGAGCCAGUGAAGAAGAGGAAAUGCACGCUUCUGUAAGGUGACAAAGUAUUGCCAUCGAUGAGACGCAUGCCGGAUUUCAAAACGACGCUGUAAUACCAGACGACGGUCUUGUGUGUGUGUGUGUAGUAUAUUCCGUAUUAAAUAGAACUAAAUUUGCCUCUACACGAAUUCGUAAUCGUAUUCGGAAAGGAUAAGCAAACCGUGCAGACGCUAGGGCGGCUGCGUACACAUUCCACGAGGCAUUGAGGCGUGCGAUAAUGACUUCUGAGUUUGUAAAGCCGGAUAAAACUUUUCUAUCAAAUAAUAACCACUGGUUUUAUUUGUUAUUUUUUUAUUUUUUAUUUUUUUCGAGAAAAGUUACUGCACAAAGCUUUCAUUUUUCCAAUACGACUUUCGAGGGAAGAGGCGAUUGGGGGAGAGCGCGGCCGGAGAUGUUCAGAUAAAAUCGUUCUAAAAUCGUUGACUUUUUGACGUUUACACUUGAUAGGAACGGAGACGGAGAAACAAAUAGAGAUUGGUGCUAUCGUUCAACAAUAUUUUUUUAAGUCGAAACGUUUACCGCGGUAUAUAGGUAUCCGAGUCGCGUCGGUAUCCGACACGAGUACUCGUUUCAGUGAUGGGGUGCUCAAGUAUCUCUCGCUGAAGCGACGACGAAGCGUUUGUUUCGUAAUACGUAUUAAGAGUGAAAUUUCCUUUCUCGGCGACGUCAGUAUUAGGAGCUCUAUGGCGAAUGUAUAAGUAUCGUAGCAGUAUCACUUAGAUAUACUAUCGAUUGCAUGUGACACAAAAAGACUAUUACUAAUUCUAACAGUCCGUCUACUGUAAAGUAUCUUUAUUGAUAUUGGAGGCGCUUACCGCAUUUUCGACACCGCAGAACUCAUCUGAAUACUCUUCUGUGCAAUUCCACGACGAAAAGUCGUCGCAGAGAGUAGCCUCAUCACUUGCCCUGUCCAAAGUGUGUUUUUGUCGCAAAAGCUCCUCUAAUAUCAAUAACAAAUCUUCGGAUCACGUCUUUUGAAACUACACACGGCAGCUGUUUUUGACUUGAGGGGAAAGCUUUUGAGAAAAUCGACCAAUUUUUUUGUACGUCUUUGAACGCUGUUUUUUCCUACUAUAGCGAAGUAUUUUCAGCAACUUUAUCUCUAAUAAAUCAGAAUUAAAGAGCUUCUAAAACCAAUGUUAGAACCUCCCUUCCAUCCCGCUGCACUGCGUUUGGUACGUGUGAUGAAAAGCUUUAAGACUGUUGAAACGAUCGCACGGAGGAAGGUGGUAACAGAGAAGGACGAUUGCCUGCGAUAGGGAGAAUAAGGAUAGCUUAGGGACUGACACGGCGCGCCGUGUCAAUUUUGGACAACGUAAACAAUAUUUAAGAUCCCCUCUUAAGAUUGUAUACGUGUAAUACUUUCCAUUAUCACGAUUGCUGCAUGCAAUGAAUUUAUGAAUUUACGAUUCAGUCCCGGCGGCAUGCGACCGGCUGAUCUUUUGUAACUGUCGCAUAUCGUUAGUACUAAUAACACGUUACGAAUGCUCGUCGCGAUGCAUUCGGUAUAUGAACGUUGAAUGGAGAGAAGAAGGGGGAGGGGGAUGUUGCGAGAGAAAGCAUUUUAUCAAAAAAAAAAAGGUUUAAUCAACUUUUACACUACGAAUCCAGUUAAAAAUAACAGCAUUUAUUAGCACUGUAAUGUGUCGUAAUAUGUAGACAUGAUUAUGUAACGAAAUAUUCGCAUAAAUAUAUUUAUAUCAUGUA